GCUUCCAAGGAAGAUGUGGACCCAAAGGAGACAUUGUGAGUAUCACUUUUGUUUGUGAAUGAUUGGAGCCUUCAUUAUUUCAUGAAACACUAACAAAUAUUCAGUUUUCUGCUUGAAGGGAGACCCUGGUGUGGAGGGGCUGGCUGGUGAGAAAGGUGAAAAGGGUAUGUCUGGAGAACCUGGUCCUAAAGGACAGGUGAGUUGUUUGUUGUUUGUUGUUUGUUUGUGACAGGGUAUGUCUGGAGAACCUGGUCCUAAAGGACAGGUGAGUUGUUUGUUGUUUGUUUGUGACAGGGUAUGUCUGGAGAACCUGGUCCUAAAGGACAGGUGAGUUGUUUGUUGUUUGUUGUUUGUUUGUGACAGGGUAUGUCUGGAGAACCUGGCCCUAAAGGACAGGUGAGUUGUGUAUGAUCAUGUGUUAGGUAAAUAUACACUUCAUGCACUUGUAUUCAGCCUACAUUUGUGUGUUUGCAGCACAGAGUGAGGGGAGACCUUGGACAUAACGGUCCAACUGGAGACUCUGGGAAGCCAGGUGAUCUAGGACCCCCUGGACCGCCUGGUCCUCGGGGGUUGAACGGCAUGAGAGGAGUGCCUGGCAUGCCGGGUAUUGAGGGUCCACCGGGACCAGAUACAUCUGAGCAGCAUGUUAUUGAUGUGGUGCUAAGAAUGUUGCAAGAGAGGCUGGCAGCAGUAGCAGUGAGCACUAAAAGGGCUGUGCUUGGUGGAGUUGCAUCAUGGGAACUCCCCGGCCCUCCUGAACCUCCGGGAUCAACGAGUCCACAAGGACCACAUGGUUUGCCUGCUUCUCCAAAAAUUCCUGGGAUGAUAGGAGCUGAUGGACGGAUCGGAAACAAAAGUCUUAAAGGUAGUCGGCCUGCCCGGGGGUAUCUCGUGGGGUCGGCUCCGCUUGUGUUGCUCUUUGUGGAUCUUGGGGACGAUCGAUAG